AUGCAGCAACUUGCUCAGACAGGAGGACUGUGAGUCAGUUGAGCUCAAAGCCUUUACAAAAUCCCUGGAUUUGAUUGAAGAUCAAGAAGACCCAGAGACACCUCCUGAGAUGGACUAUAACUUGAGAAUCGGCUUCAUCGGGGCAGGCAACAUGGCCUACGGGAUAGCCAAGGGGGUCCUGCAGUCUGGAUGUUUAAUUGCAGGAGAUGUCCCUUCCAGCAAUGUUAAAGUGAGCGCACCCUCCGCAAGGAACUUUGGGCGCUUUCAGGAGUUGGGGGUGGCUGUCACCCAUUCCAAUGCAGAGCUGGUCAGUAGCUGUGACUUGGUGUUCGUGGCGGUCAAACCACACCUCAUCACAACCAUUCUCAGUGAGAUCACAGACCACGUCACCCGGAAACACAUCAUCGUCUCCGUGGCAGCAGGUGUAACGUUGGCAACGCUUCAGGGGCUCCUGCCAAUUGACACAGUGGUUUUGAGACUGAUGCCCAACCUUCCCUGUCUGGUCCAGCAAGGGGCACUAUUGUUCUCGCGGGGGACGUGGGCGCGGCAAGAGGACGGGGAUCUGCUCCGCUCGCUGCUUCAAAACUGUGGCCUGGUGGAGGAGGGGCCCGAGGCCUGGAUAGACAUCCACACUGGGCUCAGUGGCAGCGGGGUGGCCUUUGUGUAUCUGUUUGCAGAGGCGCUGGCUGAGGGAGCGGUGAAGAUGGGCAUGCCCAGUGCUCUGGCCCAUAGCAUCGCUGCUCAGACUGUAUUGGGGGCAGGCCAGUUGUUGAGGGACUCAGGGAAGCAUCCAGCCCAACUGCGUUCAGAGGUGUGUACCCCAGGAGGCACCACUAUCUUCGGGCUUCAUGCCAUGGAGCAGGGGGGUGUGAGGGCCGCCACCAUGACCGCUGUGGAGACUGCAACUGAGAGGGCCAGGGAGCUGGGCAGGAAGUCAGCGCCUACGGCCACAGAAAAUAGGAAGUGAAGUCGUUUUGGCCCACAGUAACUGAUUCAGGAAAUGUAUAUAUUUUGGUUGCGCUCUGCCCAAUGCCCACAGAAACCACUUCAGUCUUUAAUUUUGUUACUGUUGGAGCCUAAUCUAACUACAAAUCUGACUGGAAGAGUUGUUCAAGGACACAUAGUGAUUGUGAAGAAUACAGCAAGAUGCUUCAAAUCAGCGCUAAUCCAGUUAUCUUCAUAAUUUAUCAAUGUUCAUUUGAAUUAUUAAAGUGAAUUUAUUGGUAUUUUCAGUUUUUGUUAUUAAAAGAAUGUUUACCUGUCUGGUCCAAA